AUGGUUGAACCGUCUUGAAGGAGAAGCCAAAAGCCAGAACCCUCUAGGUGACGACCUUAAACCCUACGCGGAGCAGAGAGGGUUUUUCUCUACAAGCCCUAAACCCCUCUUUUCUCGUCCGAUUCACGAGCUGACAACCCUUUAAAUCUUUCUCAUCCUUCUUCAAACCGUCUUCGAUUUUCAUUUCAAAUCUCAGUCGUCCUCAAUCUUCAACAAUGGCCUCUGAUUCAUCAUCAGAAAAAAAGCCUAAAUCAUACCGUCAAUACCACCCCUACCAAGACUUCAACGUCCCAAUCCAAAACCUGUACAACCUCCCCUCCUCCCCCGAAUACCUCUUCUCCGAAGAAGCCGCAGUGCAACGCCGCUCGUGGAGUGAAAACCUCACGUACUACACCGGUUCCGGCUACCUCGCCGGCGCGAUCGUCGGCGCCGCCAAAGGGACCUUGCAGGGCUUCAAGGAGGCUGAGGCUGGUGAAACCCUCAAGCUCCGCGUCAAUAGGGUGCUCAAUACGGGCGGCUCGGCGGGCCGGAGGUUCGGGAACUCGCUUGGCAUCUUGGGUUUGAUAUUCUCAGGGUUGGAGAGUGGGCUUGUGCACUUUAGCGGGACUGAUGGCUUGUUGAACAGCGUGGUGGCUGGAUUGGGGACGGGUGCUCUGUAUCGGGCAGCGGCCGGGCCGAGGUCGGCGGCAAUUGCUGGGGCGGUCGGAGGAUUGGCUGCAGCUGCGGCGGUCGCGGGCAAGCAGGCGGUUCGGAGAUACGUGCCCAUAUAGUGAGAUUUCAGUGAAUUUUUAUUGAAUAUCGGGUUUAUGACUUUUUGGGAGGUUGCUUAGUUUAUGACUUUUUGGGAGGUUGCUUAGUUUUUUUAUUUAAUAUUACUGUGUUUAUGGGAUUUGAUAUAAUUUAGUUGUUUUUCUUUUUAUAAUUAUCCAAUCUGCCGACUUGUUUUUCUUGAGGAUUUUUGAGCUUUGUUAUUCUAGUUUGAAUCAUAAUUGUAGUGUUAUAAUUCUGAUCGA